AUCCACCUCACCUAGACUUUAGCCAUGUCUUCCGUCGUAAUCCUCGGCGCCGGCGUCAUCGGCCUCCAAACCGCCGUCUCUCUCCUCGAGGCUGGAUAUAAUGUGACCAUAAUUGCAAAGCACUUUCCUGGUGAUGAGUCAAUUGAAUAUACAUCGCCCUGGGCGGGCGCUAUAUGGCGUACUCACGCGACUCCAGAUCAGGAAGAGCAGUGUCGAUGGGAUUUGGAGAGUUAUAAGAGCUGGAUAGGUGUGUUGGAGAAUGAUAGGGGGCUGGCGGAGGAAAUGGGGAUUCAGGUUAGCCUUCAAUUUAUACUAUUCAAGGAACUACUCGUGCUGGGAAUACCCCACAGCCCCAAUCCAUCCUCCCCUUCCCUCUGGUUCUCAUCGCACGUCCAAAACUUCUCCGUUAUUCUGCCAACCGAUCUCCCACCUGGCUGCCUCAGCGGGGUUGCGUAUGACUCGAUCGCUAUAAACCCUUCAAAAUACCUCUUCUUCCUGCUGUCCAAAGCCUCUAGACUCGGCCUCCAAGUCAUCAAAGCCGAUCUCCCAACUUCCGCCGGACUUUCAGGCGCUAUCUCAUCGACAUUAAGCCUUAUUGAAACCAAAGCCUCAAGUCCCGACGGCAGCAACGCUUUCCCCAUCGUCAUCAACUGUACCGGCCUAGGGGCAAAGUCUCUCUGCCCCGCCGAUUCCUCAAACCUUUACCCUAUCCGCGGGCAAACGCUCCUCGUCCGCAUCCACCCGUGCCCUCCCCCCAACAUUCUACGUAUCAUCAUGCACGAAGACCCCUCCAUCGCUCCCGCUGUAACGUACAUCAUUCCGCGUCCCGGGACUAAUGAGUUUGUCCUCGGCGGCACGAAGAAGCCAAACGAUUGGAGUCCUGAGCCGGAUGCUGAGACCUGUGAGAGGAUUAUUGCCCGGUGCAGGAGUAUCUGGCCUGAUAUGGCAGACGUUGAGAUCGAGAUCUCGAGUAUGCAGGUUGGGUUGAGGCCGGGGAGGAAAGGGGGGGUUAGGGUGGGGGUUGAGGAGAUAGAUGUGGGGGUAAGGGAGGGGGUGAUGGGGAAGGUGAAGGUUGUGCAUCAGUAUGGGCAUGCGGGGGCUGGGUAUCAGAAUUCUAUUGGGAGUGCAAGGAAGGUGGUCGAUUUGGUGAGGGGGAUUGUCGAGUGA